UUGCAUUGCGGCCGACAAGAUGUCUGGUAAUUUGUCUGCUAUGUCGUACGACUUAUACUCAUUUGGAUGAGAAGCGCAAAAAGCGCUGCCCUGGGCCGUCGCUGUACCGCGCGCAGGGUACACAACGAACACAACCAACCAACGGGAAAGGGAAAACAUCUGAUCGGUCGUCAGCCGUAUGUCUGUUCGCAGCUGCAGCCGCAGGCCCGGCAGGCGGUAACCGUCAAACCGUUCCGCACCAGCAUUCGCCCAGUGUAAACGCACUGACACACACGGCCAAAAACCUUGCUCGCCUCUUUCGCUCUCUCCCCAACCCCUUUGUGCACGCUUUCGGGCAGUGGCAGGGCGCAAGUGACGGUUCCAACUGACGGCGCAGUCUUAUUUCUCAGCUCACCACACGAAAAUGGCUGAGUUGUGAGCGUCGGUCGUUUUUGGGCAGUGCGUGUGUGUGUGUGUCUGUGCAUUGUAAAAGGCAAUCAUUUCCCGCAUCGCGGACACCAUCGGACACACGAAUGGUUCCACUUUUCGGCACGCGACCACCAGCUCCUUGAACGGCCUGUGUGUGUGUGUGUGUUGUGCCUUUGGUGCGGUCGGCCACCCACUGCUGGAGCGCAUCCCGCCUGACUCGUCCAAACCACCCUCCCUUAGCAGUGGUGUGCUAACGACCCACCCCCCCCCGACGAGGAGGAGAGGAAAUUGAGCCAUUUCCCCCGUGGUGGGCGCGCGCGGGGGAGGGCCACGGACAGACAGACAGACACAACCCUCACACCGAACGGUUUCGGGUGUGCGGAUGGAGCUGGGCAUCCCCGUGUCCCCGGCAUUCCACCAGCAGCAGCAACAGUGAAUUGGUGCGCACCGACAGGGUGGGAAGGGGGAGGGCACGGGUGGAUGACCGUGUCGCCAGAUGAGACUCACAUGCCGUGCUGCUGCAGCAGAUUCCCCCGUGGUGUCGGUGGUGGUGUUUGGUGGUGGAGUGGUGGAGCGGUGCUGUUGAUUCGACGUGCGUUUUGAUCGUCGGCCGCACACGGGACACGAUACGGCGGAAGGCGGAAGAGGCCGGGGGGAAGGUGCAGUGCCUGUUAACCUGUUAAGUAUCAUCCCUGCUCGUUAAGCGAACCCCCGGAAUGCGCCACCGAACCGCAACUAGUACCACACACUAACGAUCGUGCAUCAUCGCCUGACAGAGAGUGGCCUUCCGAGAAUAUUUUGUAAUUGUGAAGUAAACAAAAAAACACACACACACACAACCAAGCCUUCGAAGAAACGGACAGCAAUAUUGCAAGCGAUACGAGAGCGAGAUAGAGAGAGAGAGAGAGAGAAAACUUAGAAAAAUAGAGCGACAAUCAUCAAAAAGUUUAACCGCCUCAAAACGUAAAGGGUGGAAGGUAAAGUACACGCGGACCAGUGACCAGCAAGGCACACACACACAGACAUUGUCGUCGUAUAUCAUACGUAAUAUAGCAAACAAAAAACAGACACACCCACCCACAAACAUAUAUAUAUAUUACAAAAGCGUGCCUAAGAAUCUGGUUGCCAAUUUGCCCCGCCGUCGUCCCGCCCCGCCCAGCCGACGCGAAACCCGGACUUGAUGCAUAGCACCUCCCAGGGUGGUAGUAUGGCUGCUACUCUGCUACAGCAGAAAACGUACAUGAACGGGCUGGCCGGGAGCGGCGGGCCGGACGGGUCCGGUCCGGCCGGACCGGGCGCGGUGGGCAGCGUGGGUGCGGCCGGUGGCGGCGGAGGCGUCGGAAGCGGCCCGUCCGCCGGCGCCACCUUCCUGCCCGUCUCGAAGACGCUCAUCCAUCACCUGCUGCCUCACAACCUGCAAGCGGACCAUCACACGGCCACCGGCGCGUUCCAUCACAGGGCGGAGCAUUACCACCAGCGGGCGCACCGGGGCAGCAUCGGGUCGUCGGCGUACGGUACGCUCGCGCCGAGCGGCUGCGAGGAUCCGCCGGCCAGCGCGCUGGACGAGAUCUUUAGCCCGCUGCCGGUCCGCCACCUGGAUGCGGCCGGGAGCGCCAGCACGCCUUUGGAGAUCGGUACCGAUGCACUGUGGGACGCAAUCGGGUCGCCGACCACUACUACUGCUACUGCCGACACCGCUACCACCACCACUAGCACAGCGACUGCCGCUGUCUUCAUUGGGCAGCAGCCCACCAUCCCAGCAACAACCAAUCAUGCCUCAAUCAACAACCCGCAGCAGCACUGCCACGAGCAACCGGACGCGGACUGUCCGAUGGCGGAUGGGUCCGAGACCACCACCACCACCACCACCGAGCAGCAGGCCGCCGGUCCCGAGCCGGGCGAGCAGGAGCAGCAGGAGCCCGAACCCGAGCCGGAGAUCGACAUCGUCAUCAACAACGUGGUGUGCUCGUUCAGCGUGCGCUGCCACCUGAACCUGCGCGACAUCGCGCUCUACGGCGACAAUGUCGAGUUUCGGCGCGAGAACGGCAUGGUCACGAUGAAGCUGCGCCGCCCGUACACGACCGCGUCGAUCUGGUCCUCCGGGAAGAUUACCUGUACGGGCGCUACCUCCGAGGACCAGGCAAAGGUGGCCGCACGCCGCUACUCGCGCUGCCUGCAGAAGCUGGGGUUUAACGUGCGGCUGCGUAACUUUCGCAUCGUGAACGUGCUCGGUACCUGCGCGAUGCCGUGGGGCAUCAAGAUCGUCAACUUCUCGGAGAAGUACAAAAAGGACGCGAGCUACGAGCCGGAGCUGCACCCGGGCGUCACGUACAAGCUGCACUCGCCCCGCGCCACGCUCAAGAUAUUUUCCACCGGAAGCAUCACCGUUACCGCUGCCAGUGUGGCCUUCGUGCAGGCCGCCAUCGAGCACAUCUUCCCGCUGGUGUACGAGUUUCGCAAAAAGCGCACGCCGCACGAAAAGCUCGAGCUGCUCAAGCAGCCGCCCGCCUUCGAUCCGCAGGAGCUGGAGCUGCCGGAGGAUGGCGAGGUCGAUCUGCUGGCAGCCGCCGGCACCACCACCACCACGACUGCGAACGGCGGUGAGCUGGCGAACGUGGACGACGACGACGACGAGGCCGACGGCGCACUCGUGUCGGAGGACUACGAAAUGCACGGGGAGGACGAACGGCUGCCGCCGCCGCCGCCGCCCGGCAACACCAAAGCAAUAGACAAAAGCAAUAGUAUUAGGGCAGCCGGGUGUGCGCCGCCUGCCAGGGGCGGCUGUGCACCACGGUUCGUGCGCUAGGGCUUCCCCCGCGACCCCGGACUGAAUCGUAAUCGGAAUCGUAUAUAGAUAUAUAUACAUAUGCUAUGCUACCAAUGCUCAGUGACUGGCCAGCCAACAAGAAGAAGAAGAAGAAGAAGAAGAAGAAGAAAAGGUCACACAAACUCCCACUUCUAAACUAGCAAUAAUCUUUAUCUCGGAUCUUCCAAUGCACACACCCACCCCGCGAUAAUAACUCCCAAUGCAAAAGCAUGCCCUUAUCUUACCUAGUUAUCCUAGUACCUUUAAUCUCUCUUUCUCUCUCUCUCUCUCUAUCUCUCUAUCUCUCUCUCUCUCUCUCUCUCUCUCUCUCGUUUUCUCUCUAUCCUCUCACAUUUACUCUUAUGACAUACUCAAGACAGAAGUUAUGCUUUAGGCACGAUGAAUGAUGGUUGGAAUUUUCAACCGUUGUAAGGCGUAGUUGCUUUCUUGUCAUAUUCAUUUGUUUCUGUUGCUUUAUUGUUUUAUUUUAAACCUCACCAUUACUGUUCACAAACACCCCCCCCCCUCUUUCACGCCAUUGUAAUUAGGAUAUGUUUAUCACAUCUGUUUGCUGCAAUAAGGAUAGCAGCCGCCACUAGCCAACCCUAGUUAGUGCCGAUUUAAUUUAUAGCUAUUGCACGUGACUGCUCCAAAAAAAAAAAAACAAAACUGCAAGCAGACACACACACACACAUGCGUCACGCUGUUCCCUCUGCUUUCCGUUACUGUAUUUAUUAUUUCUGUCAAACAAAAUCGUAGCAAAUCGUUGCAAUAUAAUUACUUGAACUGUUGGGGCCUUUCGUUAAAUGGACGGUUUGGCUGCCCGCAACCGCAAACCCAUGGUGGGAACGAGACCCGUAGCUGGCUUGUGCGCGCGCGUGUGUGUGUGUGUGUGAGGUGGUAGGCAAGGGACAGCCCCGUUGAGUCAGCAAUUAAUUUUAUUCUCCCGCUGUGUAUACUCAUAGGUUCGAUAUUAGUUAGAAAACACUUUGCGUUACAAUUAUAUAUAUGUAAACAAUACAUCUAGCGAGCCACAACAAAAAAAAAACAGUGCGUGAAAGUGCGCGCCAAACGAGUGUGGGUAUGCGCAUCAUCCUGAUCACACACAUAUACCCACACACACACACACACACACACAAACACUCAACAAACUGCCUGAGAAGAGAGAGAGAGAGAGGAAACAAACAAUUGAAGGGAUGGGGAGAGGUCGUAGCGAAACAAAAGCAACACAAUAUAUACUAGUUUAGUGGUUUAUGAAUAGAGCUUUUAAUACGAAUAGGCUUUAGCGUGUUACGAUUAAUUAACAACAAACAAAAAAGUGCCCCUAGAGUAAAAGAAAAGCCCAGCCCAGGCUGUGUGGACGGUGGAGAACGAGGAUGAGCAAUAGGCGCAACUAGGAAGCAAGAGUAGUGUGGUAACACAUAAUAGGUGUGUAUCGCAGCAGUGAAAGUAAGGCCCCCCCGCACGCGCUGACGACGAGGAGGAUUGCUUGUUUUCAUUAGUUUCAUUUUUUCUUUACUACCAACCACGCUUCUCUUGGACAUCAGCGGCAGACUGCUUUGUGGUGGUCUCUGUCGGACAAGAGCCAAACGUUAAUCUUUGGGUGGAUCUUUGCCGACGCCUUUUGCAUAUAGCUAAGGGCUGUAUGUAGCGACACCUGACACAAUUUCAUACGUUAAUGUGUUCUAGCACUACUUGUUUCACUUCUAUUCCAACUCCUGUAUGUUUUUCUUCUUCUUAUUGUUUUUUUUUUUGUUAAAAACACUUUCAAGCGUUUGAAGCAAUUCAAACAACGCAGGGCAUUGUUGAGUUUUUAUCUCAAUUUAAUUUUUUUAUUAUUUUAGUAAACGCCUUCUUUUGGUUUCGUUUGUAAACGCGAAGAAGUGGUACAAGCAAAGUGUAAGUGCAAAGUGGCGAACAUAAUGCUCCCCGUGCGAGGGCAGGAUACAAUAAUUUAAGCCCCGUAUAGUAGGAGACAGAGCGAAAGAGAGCGAUUUAGUUAGUCUGAGGGGGAAGGAGGGAGGGGGGGGGGAACAAACAUCAACCAAACAAAAACCAAGUGCUUGCGACGGGUGCGGUGGUGCGGUGUCGAAAUAGCAUGUAAGACUCAUAAUCUCGGAAUGUGGCCGUGUGUUCCCUUGUAAGACACCCACCACCAGCCCCUCGCCAUGCGUGGCCGCGGUUCCUGCGUAUAUACAUAUAUACAUAUAUCGUAGAGAGAAAUAGGAAAGUCCCAGCAGAACCAAACCCCGGCGCGCUUCCUUCGCCAUGAUAACAAAAAAAAAAAAAAUGGUGAAAAAAUGGCGCGACCGGUUGAUUUGGUGCUGGCUGCUCGGGGUGAAAAAUCAAUUUGCGUGCGCUGUAUCGCUGAACUGAACUCUACUAGCAGAUAGGUAUUGACAUAUGAACUGUAGCAGUAAACAAACAAACAAAACACUAAUCAUUUGGUAGCAAUGUAUAUCAAAAGAGGCGCAGCGCAUAUCAAGCGGUUGCCGCGUCGGAAGCAUCCAUCUCCUCGAUCGGCCCCGCGAAAGGAUCUCGGGCCGCGUUUCCUGCGGAGCUGAUCCACAGCUUCGUGGUGUUGGUAGCGUACGUUAGGGAGUGAUAAAACCAAAGACUUACAUUUGUAUUAUGCACACAUCAGAAAAUGGAAAAGGAAGAGAAGGAGGAGAAGAAGGAGUAGGAGCCGAAAGAGGAGGGAAAACACAUACACACACGCACACACUACACGGAGAAGGAAGGACGCCCGAGCAGUGGUGGCACCCAGGACCGGAACCGGACAAGGAUCGAUGCGAAGACGCGGCAUACAGACACACACACACACAUGAACACAUACACGAGCGAACGCAUGCGAACGAUGCGUGCUUUUGCGUUAGCUUUUGGGGACGCAACCAUUUCUAACGAGGAACGAAAAUAAAACCUACAAUUAUUUAA